UUUCUAAACACUUAAAUAAAAAGAAAAAUCAGACCCUAGGGUCGACCACCUCACUAAAUGAAUACGCCACCAACUAACUGUAAUAGGCUACACGACGCGACCCUGUCAUGGAACGACAAAAGAUUGAGUUGACCCAAGCUUCGGGCAAGCGACGCCAUCUUCUUCAGGGAGUGGGUGCGUGAUCCGCUAACGGAUGGUAAACCCGGAAGGGGUUUGUUUCAAUUCGCAUUGCGUCAGUUUCAUGUUGACAGUUGGGUUUAAGACGCUGCAGGGAGAACAUCUUUGUAAACGCGCUGAUAAAAGAGGACGAAGGAGAAGAUUCUUUGAAAUGGUCAAACCAGUGCGAGCAUCGAUCCCGCCUCCGGGCUAUUCCAAUGAUGUUGUGUUUAAGGUCUUGGCCUCGCCGGAAGAGACGAAUGAGAUCUUUUUGGAUCACCAAGAAGACCUCUGGGACGAGAGUCAGGGCGAAAGGCUCAACUAUACGGACUCUGAUUUGGUGGAGAUAAACUACGAAUACGCUUUGGCUCGUGGUCAUCGCAAGAUCAUGCUGACCACCCCACCACCCACUGAGAUUAGCUACCAACACAACAUGCCACCCUCGCAAUCUCUCUAUGAAGAACUGAAGCGGAGUAUGAAACCUCUGGGAAUUCGACAUCCGGAGUUCAAACAAAAGCGACGCUUCCAAAUCCCCAAGGACCAAAAUCGAUACUCGGAACCGACCAGGGUGUUUUUGAGGAUGGCGGCCAAGGCCUUGCACGUGAGACAACAGCUCCUCCACAAUUACAAGGACCACGUGGUCAGGGCUUUCCGCCAAAAGACCGAGACCGACGUGAUCUACCUUCAGCAUAUGUUCGAAUUGGUGAGCAAGUACGGAAUCUAUUCGAUUCUACAAGACAACGGAGAGAUCGAAUCAACGGCAAAAGCCUUAGUGAUCGACCCAUGCCAUUUGGAAGCAGAAUUGGAGGCCAACAAAAUCAAACCAUCACAUUUUUGUCGGAACUUUAUGAUCUGCUUCGUGCUCUUCGCCAGUGUCCUGAUUGGCCUCGUCUUGGUCUUCAACGGCCGCGAUCACUUCUUCGACAUGAGUCAUCUCAUCCAAGUCAUGACGAAUGCCACGCAAACUACGGAAGACGACCAAUUGUGAAUAACCUUGAUAUGUCUUUAUGUUCAUUAAAAAAUGAUAUAUCAAUACACACACGACGUUAUCGCCAAUAAAACUAUUCAAAUUGUU